AUGUCUUUUUCCGACCAUCGUCCCGAGACCGAGAGAGAACGUCGUGACCGAGAGACUAAUGAGCUCAAGGAGUUCUUGAAACUCAGCCACUGGCUCCUAGCCGAGGGUCCCCGCCUCCGCCGAGGGGAGAUCACCGAGGAAAGCCUUCGCCCUUUGGCUCAUCAAGUCAAUCAUGCUAUGUGGGAUGCCGAGAAGACCAUCAACUGCCGAUACUGGCGCGAUGUCUACAACACCCGUCCCAAGACCGACUCUCUACGACAGCUUCUGGAUGAGGUCCUGAUCAUGAAAGCCCGCAUCAAAAAACCCAUUCGCACCGUUCUCGAUAGCGCGUGCAUGUAA